AUGAAACGAGUCCGUAAGUUUCUAGAAGCCGACAUUGGUGUUGUGAAGCCAGAGGUAGCCAAUCUGACUGACCCUCAUAUAUUUACCAUGGACUUAGAGCUUCCAAAGAAAGCUGAUGUGCUGGCGUAUUUGGACCAUAAUGCAUCUGCUCCACACCGUAAAGCUCGAAUCAUUGUCUUCCGUGGCGAUUUAGAGCCUCCAGUCGUUGAAGAGCGCCUGUGUGGACCUCUGGAUAACAUCAUAUCCUGCCCCGUGGAUGUGACCGUGCCAUUUUCUCAACGACCUGUGGAGAAUAGAGAAUACGAAAUAUACGAAAGGAGUAUUAUGAAAAAGAUCCACGCUACCUUUGAACACUGGUCCUCUAGUUAUCGGAAAGGCAGAGAUAGAAUGAGAAACAGCGAAGGGAAAACGAAUUGUGAUUAUCUUCUAUUAGUAAAGUUGAAAAACAAAGGGGCCUUCAUUGAUUCUUUCAUUCUGAUGUGCGCAGGUGCUCUCUAUAAUGACAUUCAAGAAUUUCUGACCCUAUACAAUAAUGGAACCAUUAAAAAGACCCAGAUGAAGUACCCCACAAAGCAGGAGGCCUUGUUUUCCACACUGAAACAGAGAGGAUCGCCCAAACCACCUGAUGGAAAACGUUACACGAUCCGCCACAGAAAGGUAGAAUAUCUUGACAUGUGGUCAUUCAACUUCCGAAUGUCCACCAUAUUUGGUCCAGGCAUUUAUGAUGUCCGCUUUUUGGGAGAAAGAAUAGCAUACGAGAUCAAUCUGGGGGAAAUUGUGGUAUUCUAUUCUGGUUACAACCCUAUGCAGCGGCAGGCAUUCUAUGUGGAUUCCUUUGUUCUAACGGGAAGUCAGUCACAAGCCCUGGUUGCUGGAGCCGACUGUCCGACAACGGCAACGUUUCUCCCAUUGACUGUGACCUCCCAGGGAAGGGAGGAGCCAGCUGUUUUCCCUCGUGCAAUUUGUAUCUUUGAGCAAAAUUUGGGUACUCCAAUCAGAAGACACCACAGCUACGACAGGGACUCAGGAGUGGACUACGGAGGUAUGCUUGACUCAGCGCUAAUCGUACGCUCCAUUCAUACAAUAGACAACUAUGACUACAUCGUAGACUUUACAUUUCAUCAAAAUGGAGCACUGGGUGUUUCUAUCGGCCAAUCUGGUUUCUUGUUUACUAGCUUCUAUACUCCUGAAGAACGUCCUUACGGUGUAAAAAUAACCGACCACAUUACAGGCGCCUUGCACGUACAUUUAGCAAACUUCAAGGUAGAUCUGGAUAUAAAUGGUACAUCAAACAGAUAUGAAUCUAUCGACAUUGAAGAAGAGACUGUAGACCUGAGACAGGCAAAAAAGUCACAAGCAAAGUACUCACAAACCAGAUUCUCCUAUAACAUCAAAGAGACUGAGCGUAAAGCGGCAUUAAAAAAUACAUUUAAUACACCGAUGUACCACAUUUUUCACAACAAUGAUGCCAGAAACAAAUUUGGGGAAAAGAAAGCCUACAGGCUUGCCAGCAAUGGGAUGGUGAAACAGCUGCUACAAAAGAAUGUUGGCAACGAAGGCUCUCAAGCUUGGGCCAGAUACCAGUUAGCUGUGACAAAACACAAGGAUGAGGAACGGACUACAGGAAAUCCAUAUGGACAGUGGGUUAGUGACCAGAAAGUGGUUGACUUUGAGAAAUUUAUUGAUGAUGAUGAAAAUAUUGUGGAUGAGGACCUGGUUGCUUGGGUUACCGUCGGAUUUCACCACAUCCCACAUGCUGAGGACCUUCCGGUUACUACAACAUCGGGAAAACACCAGAGUUUCUACUUAUUCCCUUACAACUAUUUUGAAGAGUGUCCAUCAAUGAAAUCCCGAGAUGCCAUUUAUGUCUCUCACAAAGACUCAAAGAGACCAGAAAAAGGACUACAUUUUGAAUACUAUGGCACUGGGGAUGUGAAAAAGUACAAUAAUAAAGGGGUCUGCAGAUAUCAGCCCCUUGAUAUAGCUGAAUUCUGGAUGAAAAAUCCUGAUGAUUUGGUAGAGCUCACUAAACAUAAUGGAGUGAUUUAA